UCCAUCCAUUUUAUAUUCGUAUUUGAAUGUAUUUUUAAGUACAAGUACUUUUUUUUACACGGUGUGCAUAGUCUUCCCUUUCAACUUGGAAUUCAAAAGUUCCAACGCAAUACUCUACUCCAGUACUCUCUAUCCUGUAUAUAUACGUAUGCAUGGAAGAAACCAUCCUGAUGAGACCACUUCUAAGGUGAUCUGGUUGAUGGUUUGCCUCUUUUUGAAUGUAUGUGAAGAGGGAGCUACAUACUAGGUUGGUUGACCAAGAAACGUCCAGUAAUGGUUGAGCCUAUGCAUGUUUUCCGAGUGUGUGAGUAUAAGGUACAGAGUCGUAGCAGCAAGAGGACCAACGGGACCAGAGAAUCUAUGCAAGAAAAGUGGCGCGCGGGACCGCUACUCGAGGAAUUAGGAGGAAAUCGUGGAGGGAGUCAAUGCCCUUGGUAACCCAGUGAGGCAAUGGGAAUAUUGCAUUUCAAGAACAAGACCAAAGUGAAAACAUCCCAACAUGGAAUGGAUUAUAUUAAUCCUUGUUUUAGCUCAAGUCUUCUCUCUCGAGGUAAAUAAUGUGCCAAGAUUACAUGAACCGGCACAACUUAUCAGGUGAUAUAACAGUAUAGACAAGAAAUGUGCCUUGUAUGUUCAGCCAACCCAAAUCAAACAUACAUACAUCAAUACGGAACGUUCAAAGUGUCUGCAAUUUUCUUCCUCUUCCAGGCUUUUGAGGGCAAAGAGAUGAAUAAGAAAACGAUGCUGUCGAAGGAAAAGGAUAAGCUAUCCAAAUGGUCAGCCACGCGAAAGAAGCCAUUUUCCUCGAAAACCGCGAUUCCCGUUAAAUUGGAAACGGUCAACAUUGAAAAGGAAGAGGCUGAUAGGGUCAAAGAAAUUGAAGAUACCGAUCGACUGUGUCUUUCACAAAGAGAAGAGAGCCUGCCCGAUUUCUUUUUGAAAUUUGGCAUUCACACCAAAUUGAUCACGGAUGUAACAGAGUUCAAUAAAAAGAUGAAAAGUGCCGCAUGGUUGUUCAAGAAGUAUCGAGGCUUACCCAGUGAAGACCGACAACUCAUGGGUAAAGGCAAGAGUCGAAUCCGGAACAAGCCUUUAAAGCACAAUCGUUUGCCACAGAAAUCUCGACGAAGAAGCGACAAUGCCUAUGUGCCGCCUUGUUAUGGAUUCAACUACUUGUCAACCAUUGAAGUGGUGGAUACAGAAACCGGUGUGCCCGACCUGGACAUGCUCUCGGAGAUCCUCUCCGAUAUGAGUAGUUUGGGAAUGUCCAAGAAGAUUGUUGAAGUGAUAAAAGGAUGCCGUGACUUUAAAGGAGAAUGCCCUUCCGAUUUGGAUCAAACGGAAGGAGCCUGUUUUGAUUCGUGCGUGUCUACUCGCGAAUGUGCUACUCACGAAAUUUGUUGUCCCACCCAAUGUGGUGGAACCAAGUGCUUCAACCCGGAAAUCGAGACCAAGUAUCGAAGCUCAGAUGCCAAGAUCAAGAAAAAAUGCCAUGCGGCUGAUAUGUUUAUGGAAUGCCUUUACAAAUCUAUCGAGAGCAAGAUUUGCUCAAACAAUAACUAAUGGACCAAGACCAGGGACAAGGCUCAUAGGUCAUUCCUAUUCUAUUACCAAACGGUCACAACAGAAUGGCAGAUGACCGAAUAAUUCUCACAUUGUAUCCACAUUUUAGAUCAAAUUCAUACUUUCUUUAAUAAAGAUUUAUUGUCCAGGCGUU